CGAUCUUUGUUAUAUAGUACUAUUUCUUAAAUCAAGUGUUCGUUGGAAAAUGUUCCACUGAAAUAACAGUUUCUUUAUCUUCUUUAGUAGAGAUUCUUGGACACACAACCAAGAAAAUGAUGAGAUCCUGUAGAUUUUCUGACACAAGUCAUGUCUUCACUCUUAUGGUCAUCUGUUUCAUCACCCUGUUCUCUUCUUCCGUCCACGGUCAGGGAAAGAUCCGGCGAUUCAAGUGGGAAGUGAAGUACGAGCUUAAAUCACCAGAUUGUUUUGAGAAGCUAGUCAUUACAAUAAAUGGCCAGUUUCCAGGUCCUACCAUCAAAGCUCAACAAGGUGACACCAUUAUCGUCGAGCUCAAGAAUAGCUUCAUGACUGAAAAUGUUGUUGUCCAUUGGCAUGGAAUCAGACAGAUUGGGACACCAUGGUUUGAUGGAGUAGAAGGUGUUACUCAAUGUCCAAUUCUUCCUGGAGAAGUCUUCACAUACCAGUUCGUCGUUGAUAGACCUGGGACAUACAUGUAUCAUUCACACUAUGGGAUGCAGAGAGAAUCUGGACUAAUAGGAAUGAUUCGAGUUUCUCCUCCAAGUACAGAACCUGAACCGUUUACAUACGAUUAUGACUGGAGCCUUUUGUUAACCGAUUGGUAUCACAAAGGCAUGUCCGAGAAAGCGACCGGUUUAGCAUCCAUACCCUUUAAAUGGGUUGGUGAGCCACAGUCGCUUAUGAUACAAGGAAGAGGAAGAUUCAACUGCACAAACAACCUGAUGACUCCUCAGCGCUCGGAAGCUGAAGUAUGUAACGCUUCACACGCUGAUUGUUCACGUCUUGUCCUCACGGUGAUCCCCGGGAAGACAUACCGCCUUCGUAUUGGUAGCUUGACGUCUCUCUCUGCUCUCAGUUUCCAAAUCGAGGGACAUAACUUGACGGUAGUCGAAGCCGAUGGACACUACGUUGAACCAUUCACUGUGAGGAAUCUCUUCAUAUACUCCGGAGAAACUUAUUCCGUGCUUCUCAAGGCAGAUCAAAACCCUAGCCGAAACUAUUGGAUCACCACAAGCAUCGUUAGCCGUCCAGAGAAAACUCCACCAGCAACAGCUGUACUCAACUACCACCCGAAUCACCCACGUAAGCAUCCUCCGACGCCGGCAUCCUCCAAUUUUCGGCCGGCAUGGAACGACACGCGCCACCGUCUUGCACAAAGCGUAGCAAUCAAGGCACGUAAAGGAUUCUUGCACGCGCCGCCGGAGAAUUCGGACAAAGUGAUUGUGCUCUUGAAUACACAGAGCAAAGUUAACGGAUACAUGCGGUGGUAGGUCAACAACGUUUCCUACCAACACCCUACAACGCCAUACUUAAUCGCAUCAAAGCAUAAUCUCACAAACGCAUUUGACUGGCGUUUCACGCCGCCGGAGAGUUACGAUUCUAAAAGCUACGACAUAUUUGCCGUACCCUCAAACGCUAACGCCACGAUGAGCGACGGUAUCUACCGCUUGAAGUUCAACUCCACUGUGGACGUGGUUUUACAGAACGCUAAUACGAUGAGCGUUAACAAUAGUGAAACGCACCCGUGGCAUUUACACGGUCAUGAUUUUUGGGUGCUUGGGUAUGGUGAAGGGAAAUUUAACGAGUCGAAUGAUCCGAAAAGGUAUAAUCUGGUCGACCCGAUUAUGAAAAACACGGUUGCGGUACAACCGUAUGGCUGGACCGCUCUGCGUUUUAGAGCGGAUAAUCCUGGCGUUUGGGCGUUUCACUGCCAUAUUGAGUCGCAUUUUUUCAUGGGAAUGAGGAUUGUGUUCGAGUCUGGGAUCGAUAGGGUUGCUAAUUUGCCUUCUUCUAUCAUGGGUUGUGGUCAGGCUAAACGCUGAAAUAUGUUAUAUUAAAUCUUUGGUUAUUUUUGUAAGGCCA